AGCCGGGCGCCGCCAUGUUGCGGGGUCCUCGCUGGGACGCGUAGGUAUCUUCAUAAGAUGCCGGCUCAGCGGCGCUCGGCUUUUUCCCCCCAAGAUGGCGUCCAUGCGGGAGAGCGACACGGGUCUGUGGCUCCACAACAAGCUGGGGGCCACCGACGAGCUGUGGGCGCCGCCCAGCAUCGCGUCCCUGCUCACGGCCGCGGUCAUCGACAACAUCCGUCUCUGCUUCCACGGCCUCUCGUCGGCCGUGAAGCUCAAGCUGCUGCUCGGGACGCUGCACCUCCCGCGCCGCACUGUGGACGAGAUGAAGGGUGCCCUGACCGAGAUCAUCCAGCUGGCCACCCUGGACUCGGACCCCUGGGUCCUCAUGGUGGCUGACAUUUUAAAGUCCUUUCCCGACACGGGCUCACUUAACCUCGACCUUGAAGAACAGAAUCCCAACGUGCAAGAUAUUUUAGGAGAACUUAGAGAAAAGGUGGGCGAGUGUGAGGCAUCAGCUAUGCUGCCGCUGGAAUGCCAGUACCUGAACAAAAAUGCCCUGACCACCCUGGCUGGACCCCUCACACCCCCGGUGAAGCACUUCCAGCUGAAAAGGAAGCCCAAGAGUGCCACACUGCGAGCAGAGCUCCUGCAGAAGUCCACCGAGACCGCCCAGCAGCUGAAGAGGAGCGCGGGGGUGCCCUUCCAUGCCAAGGGGCGGGGGCUGCUCCGCAAGAUGGAUACGACAACCCCACUCAAAGGCAUCCCAAAGCAGGCGCCAUUCCGCAGCCCCACCACCCCCAGCGUCUUCAGCCCUGCCGGGAACCGGACCCCCAUCCCGCCGUCGAGGACACCACUGCGGAAGGAGAGGGGUGUGAAGCUACUCGAUAUCUCUGAGCUGGACAUGGUUGGCGCUGGCCGAGAGGCAAAGAGAAGAAGAAAGACUUUAGACACAGAGGUGGUGGAAAAGCAAGCCAAGGAAGAGACCGUUGUGGAGAAUGCCACCCCAGACUACGCGGCUGGCCUGGUGUCCACACAGAAACUCGGAUCUCUGAACAGUGAGCCGGCACUGCCCUCUACCAGCUACCUGCCAGCCACGCCCAGUGUGGUCCCAGCGUCCUCCUACAUUCCCAGCUCAGAGGCCCCGCCUGCGCCACCCUCCCGGGACGCCAGCCUGCAGGCCAGCCGACAACCUGAGGAGCCCAGCACCCCGAGCCCCACGCUCCCAGCCCAGUUCAAGCAGAGAGCACCCAUGUACAAUAGCAGCCUGACCCCAGUCACGCCCACGCCCGCGUCCGCCACCCCAACUUUGCCCCUGACACCUACCACGCCUCCGGCCGUCGCCCCUGCAGCCCAGACACCCCCAGUGGCCAUGGUGGCCCCGCAGACCCAGCCCCCAACCCAGCAGCAGCCCAAGAAGAACCUGUCCCUCACGAAGGAGCAGAUGUUUGCCGCACAGGAGAUGUUCAAAACAGCCAACAAAGUCACGCGGCCCGAGAAGGCCCUGAUCUUGGGCUUCAUGGCAGGUUCCCGAGAGAACCCGUGCCAGGAGCAGGGGGACGUGAUCCAGAUCAAGUUGAGCGAGCACACGGAGGACCUGCCCAAGUCGGACGGCCAGGGCAGCACCACCAUGCUGGUGGACACAGUGUUCGAGAUGAACUACGCCACGGGCCAGUGGACGCGCUUCAAGAAGUACAAGCCCAUGACCAACGUGUCCUAGCUGGCCGCCGCCCGCAGCCCCGCGCCCUGCCCACCACAGCCCCUCAGCCACCUCUGUGGGCCUUGACUCCGCGGGGCUCCGAGAAACAGACAGAUGGACAGCUGGCUGGGUGCGGUCCUCCACCCAGCCUCCCGGACAUGUGGCCGAGCCCCAGCCUAUUUAAGUUUUUAGAUUAAUUUCUCUGGGGUGUUCUGGGCUUAUUUUUUAAAUUUUAAUAUGGGUUUUUUUUGUGUGAUUGAAGAUGCUUUUUCGGAUUUAAUAUUACAUUUUUGAGCAUUAACCUGAACAGUCACAUCCGUUCCUAAUUUUAGCUGCAGCGCUGCCUGUUAGCCUUUUCCUUUUUUUUUUUUUUUACUUAGAGGAAUUCCACUGGCCGGGUGAGGGGUCCUGCUCGCUGCGACGCCCUCCCCCUCAGGUUGAGGGGACCAAAGGCCCGGGCACCGGGAUGGGGAGUAUGGAUCCCCUGGGGUCGUCCACCGCCAGCACCCACCCCGCACCCACUGGGAGUUUUGUAUUUGUCUUUUGUAUAGCUAUGAACAAUUCAGACCACUCUUCGGUCCCUAUUUUCACUGUAAAACAAUCUGAAUAAUUAAAGUUGAGCUUUUCUGAGAACGCCUGGACUGGGUUUCCGGGCAGCCCGCCCAUCCUUUGUUGUUGCCAUGCCCCCAGCCUGGACCCACACCACCCCCUGGGUGCCCUUCCUGGUACCAUUUCACCUUGAAUGCCAAUUUUGGAACCAGGUUCACUUUUUUUAAAAAGUAAAAUUUUUUUCAGAGUAAUGCAGACUGCAGCUGCCCCUCUCAUCGCCGUCCCACUGUCUGUCACCCAAAGCUGCGUGGCAUUCAAAGGCAGAGUGAUUCCACUCUGAAGAUGGGGGCCCACCUGGCUCUGGGUCGCAAGCACUGGAGGAUGGUGGGACCAAGGCCUCGGUGACCCACAACCCUCCAGAACUAGAAACAAAGUCCCAAACUUUAACACAUAACCUCACAUACAAAUAAGUUUAAGAAAAAAGCCUUUAAAAUUUUUUUAAUACAAAAAUAUUCAUACACCAUUUUCCAAACACAACUUUCCACUUUAAAUGCUAUUUUUUCCCCAACUGGCAAUUCUCAGAUCUACAUUUCAGUAUAUUCCCCCCAAAAGUGAACUUCAAGUUUUCAAACCUAACUAUCAAAACUGGUGGCAGCACCGAUAUUCCUAAAAGGCGCUAUGGCCGGGGCUUACGUGGUGGAGGAAGUUUAGACACCAAUAGGCACAUUUAAGUUUAUAUUUAAUCUCUGACAGGGCGGUUCACAUCUCAACAGGGUAUGGGGUACACGAUGCCCAGCGAGACGGUGUCUCACUGAUGGGCAUUCACCGAGGACUCCUCGUGGGGGCUCUCGGGGGACCAGGACAUUUGGCAACUGACAGUUUUUUGCAUUAACUUUAAUGGAACAGGUUUAAUUCCUAAAGGUGGUUCUGGAAGAUGGAUGAUACGUUAUGGUUUAGAUAUAAAGAUAAAUACUUCAGAGCAGUCGGAGCGCAGAGCUGAGUGUGCAGAGCCCAGGUGGCAUUGGCUGAGGACCACCGGGGAACUUGGCCCAGGCUCAGGCUCUGUGGGAUUCCUCGUGGGGGAACAGCUUUUGGUGCCAGCCUCGUCUCCCAUCAGUGAGCAGGGGUUAGUUACCGCAGCAGACCCACGCAUCUGGCCUGUACAGUUCUGAGGGGCACCACGUUUGUAAAGAGGCUCCCCUACUGGCACAGGGAGACCCUACAGCAUGUGUGUUUUAACAGUGCUUACGUGCUCGGGGUGCUGGCUGCCUUGCACGAGUGUGCAUGAGUGUGCACUUGAUGCCGAUUCUCGAGCUGACUCUCGAUGCCACGGCGUUCUAAGGUGUUGAGGCAGUUUUUGUUUUCUCAGUAGUGACAAAGGAUCGAAGCUCAGUCACAAAAUCACCGAAUCCUCAAAAACAAAAUCUCCCCCAAACACCUAGAACAGAGCAGGCCGGUCAGAGCGCAAGCCACGUCCACACACGGCUGUCAGCUCCAAACCAUAUUUUUACUCAGAUUUUAUAAGCUAGGCUUCUCAAGAUUUUCAAAGUUAGUGUUAUUUUCUCAUUAGCUUAGCAGGUUUUAGAAACGGGAACCAUACUUAAAAUAAUUCUUGCGGUAUUUCUUUCAGAAAUCAUAAAGAGAAUUUGGAAAUACAUCAAAGUGAGUCAAAACUCAAGAUUUUACUACUGUCAAAUACAGUAAAAGUUAACCUGUUUCCCAAAGUGCACUGCAAACCAACUCAGAUUCCCUAACUUACGCCGAGUUCCUUCAGCUGGUAGGAUGGGAGCUUUUGGACAAAACGUCAGCUUGUACCUGUGAGAGGCGCCCCGGGUUCUCCCCGUGGGCCCGUCUGGGCAGGUGCUGCCCAGGCGCCGCCUGAACCUGGGCUGGAAAGGUCCUGGCAGAGGUACGGGAGUGCUGCCUGGCUCGUCACUUUGUAACACCCUUUCCCCCUUUUGUGCAUAAGGAGCAUAAAUAGAGCUCUGGGGGGAAUGCCCCGCAGAAGCUGCGUUUAUCAGGCGAGGACGGCUCCAGAGGUAACUAGCCUGUACAUUUACAAGUAGUCAACUGGUUCGUAGUUUUUUGUUCCUUUUGGUCCCACGUAUGGUUACUUUUCAGGACCACAGGCAGGGCAGCCACCAGUCAGCACAACUCUAGUCAGUGUGCAGGGAAAUGUCUGGGUGUGUCCAGGGCCCUGCACACCAGAGGCAGAUUCUCCGGGGCCCUGGAGCCCACGAGGAACAUGGCUUCCCAGAGUGCAAGCUCGUAGAAUCAGAGGAGCUAACAAGUCUUCAGCCCAGAUAUUUACUGCAAUUUUAUAAGACAAAAAAAAAAAAAAGAGAAAUGGACCCAAGACCUCAGUAGAAA